CUUACCCUUACCCUGCAGAGCCAGUCACCAUUUGCGGGCUCGGUGCAACAGUUGGCCGGACGAAGAGUCCACCCGACUCCUUCGGAUUACCACCAUUCUCAGCAGCAUCUUGUACUUCCACCCAGUCGGUCUACCAUUUUAACCAUUUCGCUUACCUCCUCUCCUCUUGUCACUGUGUUAUAUGCUUUCCCAAUCGCAUUUAUUGUUGUCCCUUGUCUCUUUCUCUUCGUGAAGGCAACAAAGACCGCCCUUCUACCCAACGCCGAAUUGUCGCUUCCGCACAGAACCUCGCUCUGCUUCACAUCUGAAAUGCUCAUCUCUCGGGACUCAUUGCUGGCAGCUCGCCGUGAUCUCGUCGAUCUUCAGUUUGCAGUCAAGGUGGUGCCCAGCCUCGGCACCCUUCUGCGUCGGCCCGCAACUAAGCGCAAUUUCAUCUCGGGUACAUCAAAUCAUCUGCUGAACACCCUCUCUUCCCCAGCCUCGUCGCAGCCCUCCGGCGGCAUCCCACUCGCCGGGCAGACUGCGUGGCAUGCCAACGCCGGGGCUCAGGGCUCGAAUCCCGGCUACAGACUGGCCUCGGGUCCCGGCGGCACGGGUACGAACAACUCGGACGUCGGUAUCACCGCCGGUCUGUCGCAGCUACGCCGCCGUAUCCUCGACUAUUCAGUGGUGUCCCACAUCUGGCUCUCGGAGCUCGAGGCCGGCGAGAUUUGCUACCUCAGCCAGAGUCGAAAACGGCUGAAGGACACGCUAGGCCUGAAGCAGGUUGGCAGGGUCGACUUCCCCACGGUGUAUGUCAGCAUGGACAUUGAGGUAAGCACUACAGCCGAGUCCUCGGCUGGGUACCGCAUGUCGCCUUCAAAGCUCUCAAAGGCACUAAAGGUCUCAUUCAUGGCAUUGACAUUAUUGCCAAGUAGUGCUUCAAUAAGGAUUGAGGAGAGCAGAUUCAAAUGA